AUGAAUACGACUCACAACGUCGAAGCUAUGGUGUUUACAUUCGUAACUGUAAGGGCGGCGGAGGCAAGAAAGCGUAACCACACAUGUCCCCACAAAAUGAUUCCGAUAAUAGUGCGCGUGUGGUGCGAAAGCGGCACAGGUUGGUUGCCGACGCACGUGCCGGUGACGCCUCAGACCACCGGCCGGGAUGUGUUGGAGUGUUGCCGGGAACCGGGCGACGAACCUUGCGUACUGUUUAGCGUUCACCCAAUUCACGGAGUACACGUGUUGCGGGAUACAGAGUUACCCUUAGAAGUCGCCGCAACACUGGGGCCUGAAGUGCAAUUUGUUCUCAAGUACGUCGGUGAUGGUUCUGCUUAUAGGGAGUUGUCGCGACAAGGUUUUGUUGAUGUUUUUCGGCGCCAAGACAUUUUCGCUGCAUUACAGUCGAUUAAGCUGAAAAACUGUUAA